AUGCCACCAGGAUCAGCAGCAACAACAACAACAGCAGGAGCGGGAGCAACAUCGGCGUCGAAUUCAUCUGCAUCUGCUGCCGCACGACCUCCACUACCAGCACAUCCUCCAACACAAAUUAUGUUUUCGCUUCUUCUUCUUUACUUUUCAAUCGUUUUUCUCAAUUCAUUUUGUUCAUGUCGGUUAAAUUCCCGUUUUCAUCAUCUCUCCAUCAAUGAAAACGAAUCUUCUCCUCGUUUAUUAUCAUCAUUCAAUUUACCAAAUUCGAUCAAAUCUUAUCAAUUAGUUUCAAGUAAUUCUCAAUUAUAUAAAUACUUUUCCAUUGAAAAUCAAACACAUCUCUAUGCACUUCAACCACUCGAUCGGGAAUAUUUCUGUGCUGAACAGCUGUGUUCCUGCGUUACAUCGUGUUCAAUUCAAUUGAAAAUUCUUUCUCAACCUCAACAUCAAAUCAUCUUUGUUAAUUUAACGAUCAAUGAUCUUAAUGAUAAUCGACAUACAUUUCGUCUGAAUGAAAUUCAAAUUCGAAUACCAGAAAACACAAAUAUUCAUCAUCGACAAUGUUAUCGAAUUCCAACAGUUGAAGAUAAAGAUUUACCUGAGACAAAUCAGAUUGUUUAUGAAAUAAUCGGCAAUGGAAGUGACAAAUUUGAAAUUGAACAAACUAUUGGAAAUGAUUUAUGUUUGAGAAUUCGUCAUCAACCUUUGGAUCGUGAAGAACAAGAUCGAUAUGAUCAAUUGUGGCUUAUUGCAACCGAUAGAGAUCAACAACAAACGAAAAUGAAAGUCAUUAUUCAAGUUUUGGACAUUAAUGAUAAUUCACCGACUUUUACGACAAAUUUAACAAAAGUUCAAUUCAAUGAAACGUUUACAGGUGAAUUAGUUUGUGUACGAGCAUAUGAUCCUGAUGAAGGAAACAAUGGUCGUGUCAUAUAUUCAUUUGAUCAUUUCGAUGAAAAAUUAAACGAAUUUCUCAAUUUAAACAAUGAAACUGGAUGUAUAACGGUAAUUCAACCAUUAUUAUUAACUUCGAUUGAUUUAAUACCAUUUUUACAAUUAAAUAAUCAUUUAUUAUUGACAAUUCGUGCACAGGAUUGUGGUUCACGUAUGAGUUCCACAUUACCUGUUUAUCAUCCUGUUGAAUUGAUCAUUGAAGAUGUAAAUGAUCAUAAACCAAUGAUUCAAGUUCGACAAAUCAUUUCUUCAAUUGAUAUUAUCAAAAAUAAUUCACAAAUUCAUAUUACGGAGAAUUCGAUUGGUCUUUUAGCAAUGGUCACCGUCGAAGAUAUUGAUCAGGGAAUCUACGGACAAGUUCAAUUAACAUUAAUGAUUCAAACAUCGAAUAAAAAGCAUCAAAAAGCAUUUCAACUCAAACCAACAUCAAUGAAACAUUACAAAAUCGAAUUAAUUAGUCCAUUAGAUCAUGAAAUCGAACCAUCAUUAGCGUUAUUCCUCGAUGCAAUUGACGGUGGAGGUGAACAUACGCGUUUUAUUGUCAAUAUCAUCAUCGAUGAUCUAAAUGACAUGAAACCUCAUUUCGAACAUGAAUUUUAUCAUUUUAUUACAAAUAUUCAAUCGUCGACAACAACAUUCAAUUCGAUUCUUGUCGGACAAGUUCACGCAACAGAUCCAGAUUCUUCAACGGAUUCUCUGAUAUAUUCAUUGAAUUCCAAUUUGUUUCAUAUUGAUCCGCAAACAGGUCAAAUCAGUUUGAUUUCUCCUCUAUCACCAAAUAUGACCGAUCAAACGUUAACAUUCAAUGUUACUGUUUCCGAUGGUCAAUUUACUGGUCAAACACAUGUGACAAUUUCUAUCGAAGGUCUUAAUCAUCGACCGGAAUUCGAUCGAACUGAAUAUUAUUUUCAAAUUGAUGAAAAUAUUCCAAUUCGAACCAUCGUUGGACAAGUUAUCGGCAAAGAUAAAGAUUCUCCAGGAACACGACGUGGAGAAUUGACUUAUUCACUUCGAUCCGUCACUCCAUACUCCGAAUUCUUUUUUCAUGCGAGUCACACAGGACAAGUUUUAGUUACGAGAAUUCCCGAUGCUGAACAACAAUAUAUUCAUCAAUUUAUCAUCACUGUUAAAGAUCACGGAACACCACCGUUGUCCAGUGAUGCGAAAUUGACGAUUAAAGUCAAUGAUUUGAAUGAAUAUUGUCCACAUUUAGUGAAUUUUUCUUCUGAACCUUACAUUUUCAUAUCUCGUCAGCGAUAUUUAAAAAAAUCUUCAGUAGAAAAAUUCUCUUAUCGUUUAUACGCAUUCGAUAAAGACAUUUCCGAUCAAAAUAAUAUCACAUUCACAUUGCUUCCAUCGAGAUAUUCAUCAAAAUUCCAUUUAAAUUCCAAUGGUUUCUUAACUCUCGAAGAAAAUCUUCAAGACAAUCCUUCGAUUAUCGAACUUGAUUACACAUUAACAGAUUCAUUUGUACCCGAACCAUGUAUAAAACAAGAUAAAUUGAUCAUUUUAAUCGGUGAUACAACACUUGAUCGCGAUCGACUUGUCAAUGAUUACGAAAGACAAGUGGAAACAUCUCAACAUCAUCGAUUAAUGACACAGAAAUUAGCAAAUAAUAAACGAAAACGACAGGAGACAAUCAUUGUGUUUUUAACAUUUAGUUUAUCAACAAUUGUGAUCUUCAUUGGCAUUUUCAGUCUUUUGUUUUUGAUUUGUUGUCGAAAACAAAAGAAAAGAAAUCGACAAAGAUCAAUUACAACAAAAUCAUCAUCAUUAAUCAAUCCAUCAUUGUUAGAUGAUAGUAAACAACAAUCUCCACAUUCAUUUAUUACGGAUUACUAA